CAGUGGCUGCCAGUGGAGGAGGGAGGAGGAGGAGGGGACACGCGCGGCAGGCGAAGAUGGCGGAGCUGCAGCAGCUGCUGGAGGAGGAGGUCCCCGCGGCGCGGGCCGCGCUCCUCGAGAGCCACGGCAACCUGCAGCGAGUCGCCGACUACUGCGAGGGCAACUACGUGACGGCCCCAGAUAAGCGGCAAGCGCUUGAGGAGACCAAGGCGUACACUACUCAGUCCCUGGCCAGCGUCGCCUACCAGAUCAACACGCUCGCCAACAAUGUGCUACAGAUGCUGGACAUCCAGGCCUCACAGCUCGGCAAGAUGGAGUCGGCAAUCAACCACAUCUCACAGACGGUGGGCAUCCACAAAGAAAAGGUGGCCCGGCGUGAGAUCGGCAUUCUGACCACCAACAAGAACACGACACGCACACACAAGAUCCUGGCACCCGUCAACCCCGAGCGACCUGUGCGCUACGUGCGCAAGCCACUGGACUUCAACGUGUUGGAUGACAUCGGCCACGGCAUGAAGUGGCUUCUGAAGGCUAAGCAGGGAAACAACCCCAACGGAAGGACCAGCAGUAUUUCCCGGAGCACACCGCCCACUCAAAAACCUCCCAGCCCUCCUUCAGUCAGCAGAGGAACCAUUGGCACUCUGGGACGCAAGGGAAGGAGCUCUCCCUACCGGACUCUGGAGCCGGUUCGGCCGCCGGCUCUGCCUAACGAUUACACAGCCAGCCCGGGUUGGGGGCCUCCAACCUCUCAGCAGCACCUACAGAGCCCUGCACGUACUGCUUCCCUCAACCAAAGGGCUCGAACAUACAGUGGCAGCAGUGGAGGCAGCCGGAGCGGAGGCAGCCGGGAGAAUAGUGGCAGCGGCAGCGUGGGCAUUCCCAUCCCUGUGCCCCCACCCUCCAUACCAAGCGUCUUCAGCCAAGGUCCACCUACUUCCUCUUACCCGCCACCACCUUCCCCCAUGCCUGCUGACGUUUACAACAAUUCUUUUCCCCCUCCAGCCCCACCACUUUCAGCAUCCAUUGGUGUGCCAGCCCCACCUCCUCCCCCUCCCAUGUUUGCUGGGCCCGGUUCCCAAUACAACUCCAUGCCAAGGCAGAUGACGCGGAAUAACUCGGCCACGUCCAUCAGCUCAGGAGGCUCGCGCCGUCCCCCAUCUGUUACCUCCCAGUCCUCGCAACUCAAUGGCGGCCCCUUCUACAGCCACAACCCCAUGUCACAUGCGCCGCCCCCUCCGCCAAUGCCCCAGCUCACCCCACAGAUUCCCCUCACGGGCUUUGUGGCCCGCAUGCAGGAGAACAUUGCAGACAGCCCAACACAAGCAUUGCCUCCGCCCCCGGAUGAUCUGGUGGGCUUUGGCUCUGGGGGCGAUGACUCGCUACUGCCUCCACCACCCCCCAUCGACUACGACGAAGAAGCCUCCGUGGUGCAAUACUCGGACCCCUAUGCAGACGGGGAUCCCGAAUGGGCACCCAAAAUCUACAUUGAGAAGGUGGUGGCAGUGUAUGACUACGUCCAGGACAAGGAUGAUGAGCUGAGCUUUCACGAGGGCUCCAUCAUCUAUGUGGUCAGGAAAAACGAUGACGGCUGGUACGAGGGUGCCACCAAUGGCCACACAGGGCUCUUCCCCGGCAACUACGUGGAGCCCAUAAUGCACUACGCUGACUAGCGUGUGGUCCUCCUAUCUGCUGUGCGCCAAGACAACACCUCGGCAUCCCACCGAUGCGCAGGCGGUGCUGGAAUUUCUAAAUGUGGUUAGAGACCAUCUACAUCAAUAAAGGUCAAUUCAGCAUCUCUUAAAAGUAAAAGAGCACAAAUGGUAAUGGAGGUCCAAAGUUUGCAUUUUUUUAUUAAUGCGUUUGACAAAAUCUACCACUAGAUGUAAGACAAGUUCUUGGUAGUUUAAAUGCCUACAACUUACAUGCAAGGAGCUUAAAUUGUUUUAUACUAGAAAGGGUGGCUUGGUAUCUUAUCUGGUGUGGAAGUUUUACUGUUGAAUGUGAGAUUUGUGAAUAUUCUAUCCAACUGUUGCAGUGCACUGUGUCAGUAUUGACAUGUGUUAAAACCUGUGGUUAAUCAGACAGGGUCUGAUUUAUUAGUUUUUAACAUCAAACAGCUUUAUACUGUAUUGGGUUGGGGCAUUUUUUUAUACUGCCACUUCUGAAAGUAAACAUGAGAUAUGUGUUCUUAAUCUAUUGGCUGAAACAGCCACAGACAUGCUUACACUGGUGCCAUUAGCAAUACAUAAUUUUGGUAAAAAUGUAUUGGUGGAUUUUUAAUUAACAGGGUGCAAACUAAACCAAAGCCGAGUUUAUUUGUAAAUGUAUUCUUAAGUGCUAAAAAUAUUGGCAUGUGUAUGACAUUUAGCUUACAUGGCUUUACAGUAAAACCUUGGAUUGCGAGUACCUUGGUCUGCGAGUGUUUUGCAAGACGAGCAAAUAAACAAAAAAAUUUUACUUGAUAAACGAGCGAGGUUUGCAAUGCGAUUAGUACGUAUACGCUUUGUCUGCCGAGCGUCACGUGAUCACAACUGAGCCGAUGGUUCUCUCUCGCUGUGGGAUUGUGGGUAAUCGUCUCCCAUGGCUCGGUCUCAGUCGGCGUGCCUCACUCGUAUAGUCAACAUCCGUGCGAGCGUAUACUGUUUACUAUAGUGUUGUGUCCACGUGUGUGUGCGUAAAGCAUUUUUUUUAUUUUGUGUCAAAGUGUAGUGACUGUUCUUUAGUAACUGUACUGCAACAAUGGCCCCCAUGAAAUCUUCAAAAGGAGGCAAAAGCAAGUGUCAUUGGAUAGGUUCCUUGUUAAAGUUGCACAAAAAUAAAAAGAUUCCACUGAGCCAACAGAUAGCAGUGAUUCCGUUAGUGACAGUGAAAGUAGUCCUACACAAUAACCCCCCUCUCCUCACGUCUCCCUCACACCAGCCACGAUUAAAUUUAAUUAAU